AUGGCACGACGACAAGAAGCCGUGUUUCUGCUCGCAUGGGCUUUUGCUCUUGUAGCUGUGUCUUCAGCUGCAAUCGUGGAACACACAUUCAAUGUGGAAAACGUGACGGUGAGUAAAUUAUGCCGGAAGCAUGUGAUCACUGCAGUGAACGGAACUCUUCCCGGCCCAACGAUUCAAGUGACGGAGGGUGACACCCUCGUCAUUCGUGUCCACAACAUGUCCCCGUACAACAUCACUAUUCACUGGCAUGGAGUGUUUCAACUAUUGAGUGGCUGGUCAGAUGGACCGAAUUACAUUACGCAGUGUCCCAUACAUCCCGGACACAGUUAUAUCUACAAAUUUACCAUCACUAAACAGGAAGGCACGCUCUGGUGGCAUUCUCACGUCUCGUUGCUCCGCGCCACAGUCUAUGGUGCUCUCAUCAUCCUCCCCAAGUCGGGUCACUACCCAUUUCCCACACCUCACAAACAAAUUCCGAUUAUUCUAGGAGAGUGGUGGAACGCAAAUGUGAUUGAUAUAGAGAACCAGGCCCAAGCGCUUGGCGUGGGGCCUAACAUUUCAGAUGCAUUCACCAUCAAUGGAAGGCCCGGAGAUCUCUAUCCUUGCUCCAAAAAGCAUACCUACAAGCUGAAGGUGGUGCAUGGAAAGACCUACAUGCUUCGCAUCAUCAAUGCUGCACUCAAUAACCAACUCUUCUUCAGGAUAGCCAAUCACAAGUUCACCGUCGUCGCCGUCGAUGCCUCAUACACCGACCCCUACGUCACCGAUGUCGUCGUCCUUGCCCCGGGCCACACAGUCGACGUGCUCCUCACCACAGACCAGACCCCGGGGGCCUACUACAUGGCAGCCCGCCCGUAUGUUAGCGCCCAAAAUGCUCCGCCGCCCGAUAAUACCACCACGACUGGGAUUCUCAUUUACGACCAGUUUCCCUACACAAGCCCAAUCAUGCCUCUCCUGCCGGCACUCAACGAUACCCCGACGGCCCACAAGUUCUAUAGCAACUUGACCAGCCUCGUGGGGAGCCCGAACUGGAUGCCGGUGCCGACUAAGCUGGACGAGCAAAUGCUCGUGACCAUCGGAUUGAGCAUCUCCCCGUGCGGAUCCAAUGCCACGUGUCAGCUUCUCCCGAAUGUCCCAACCCUCCGGUUGUCGGCAAAUAUGAACAACGCGUCGUUCCAAUUCCCCACAAGCCUGUCCCUCUUGCAAGCACACUUCUUCAACGUGAAAGGGAUCUACACCGCCGAUUUCCCCGACCAGCCUCCGCUGAAAUUCGAUUACACGAACCCCGCCAACAGCAACAGCACAGCGUUGGCGUUCGUGCUCAAAAGCACAAGGGUGAAGCAAGUGAAGUACAACGCGACAGUCGAGAUCGUGUUCCAGGACACGACCAUCAUCGGCGCAGAGAAUCACCCUAUGCACUUGCACGGCUUCAAUUUUCACUUGGUGGGACAAGGGUUCGGGAACUUCGACCCGGUCAAGGAUCGGAAGAAGUACAAUCUCUUUAACCCAGUGAUACGUAACACGGUCGCUGUGCCCGUGGGAGGUUGGGCUGCCAUCAGAUUCCGAGCAAAUAAUCCAGGUGUAUGGAUAUUGCACUGCCACCUGGACGCCCACUUGCCGCUGGGACUAGCGACGGCUUUUGUCGUCGAGAAUGGGCCGACUCGGUCGUCGACAUUGCCUCCACCUCCUCCUGAUCUGCCUCAAUGUUAGGACCGAGAGUACACUGAACACGCUAUAUUUAAUUUUUCCAUUCUUUCUUCGUGCAACCCCAUUGUGAUACACAGUCAUCUCUAGCUUCAUUGCUUCGACAAUGCCAAUACACUGAAGCGAGUUCAUGUUUUCUCAACCUUUGGUUCAAAUACAUUCCUUAUUUGACCCUGCCA